AUGGCUUGCGACAAAGGUUUUUCGAGCAGUUAUAUGCUCUUGAAACCUGAAGAAGUGGCAUUGUUUGAUCUCAUUAACGUCUUAUUCUCCACUGACAUUGAGAAAAGAAAGUUCGUUGACAGUGCAGAGUUGAAGGAGGAGAAUUUUGACCGUCGAUGGCUCAUCUUCAUCUCCGUUAUAGUUCAAAAACUGCUGCAGUUUUUCUCCAAGCCCAUGUCAAUUAUCGGGUCACUUAUGGAGAAGUGGCUAAACCUUUUGUCUAUCAACCGUGGCUUUGGCAGACUAUUACUGAAUACCAUACACGGGAAGGUGGUUAUUCCGGAAAAAACAUCAGCAUCUUUCGUUUCUUUUACUGGAAAUUACGACUUACGAACAGAAUUGGACAGAAACAUCAAACAUGGAGAUCCAAGGUACAAUGCAGCCCUUUCUAUGAUGGCUUCUAAAGUAUCCUACGAGAACAAAGAGUACCUCAAAACUAUUGUCAAAGAUCAUUGGGAGAUGGAGUUAUUAGGAUCCUAUGACUACUGGAACGAUUAUCAAGAUAAAGCCACAACACAAGCCUUCGUACUUCGUGACAAAACUGAUGACCAUGAUACAGUUGUUUUGGCCUUUAGAGGUACUGAACCUUUUGAUGCGGACGCUUGGUGCUCCGACUUUGAUCUCUCUUGGUAUGAAAUUCCUAAUGUUGGAAGGAUCCAUGGAGGAUUUAUGAAAGCUCUGGGAUUGCAAAAGUGCAUUGGUUGGCCUAAGGAAACAAAGCAAAAUAGUUCACGUCCAGCGCCAUUAGCUUACUAUGCCCUUAGAGAAAUGUUGAAAGACAUUUUGUCAAAAAAUAAUCAAACAAAAUAUAUUGUGACAGGUCACAGUUUAGGCGGGGCACUAGCAAUUCUGUUUCCAGCAGUUUUGGCUUUCCAUGAUGAGAUAUUGUUGUUGGACAGGUUAGAAGGGAUCUAUACAUUCGGGCAACCAAGAGUAGGAGACGAAAAUUUCGGGAAAUACAUGACAAAUAUGUUAGAACAGAACACGAUUCCAUAUUACAGGUUUGUUUACGGUUCUGAUAUAGUUCCUAGGUUGCCUUAUGAUGACAAGGCCCUUAUGUUUAAGCACUUUGGGACGUGUCUCUACUACAAUAGGCAUUAUGAAGUAAAGGUAGUUGCAGAAGAACCAAAUAAGAAUUACUUCUCUCUACGUGGGGCAAUACCCAUGAUGGUAAAUGCAUUUUUUGAGUUAAUAAGAAGCUUCACUAUCUCGAGGACCAAGGGACGAGACUACAGAGAAGGAUGGUUCUUGAGAGGGUUUAGGGUAAUUGGAUUGGCCCUUCCAGGCGUACCAGCUCAUCUUAUCCAAGAUUAUGUCAACUCUACUCGUUUGGGAUCAGCCAAUGUAUUUCUGUCAGAACCCAAGAAGCAAGAGUAA